AUGAAGACAGCUCUGGCUGUUCUCGGUUGCCUUGCUACACUUGCCCAUGGAGCAUCUGUCACCAAAGACUGGCACGUAGGCUGGGUUCACAACGUGAACCCAGAUGGUCUUCAUCCCCGCCGAGGUAUUGCUCUCAACGGCCAAUUCCCUCCGCAGGCCCUUAGCGUGAAUUCGAAUGACUAUGUGUCCAUCAACUUUACCAACUCGUUUGGAGAUGGGUCUCCCUCAACCCUACAUGGGCAUGGUAUCUUCUACAACAACACGAAUUAUUACGACGGUGCAGCAGGGAUUGUGCAGUGUCCCGUCCCUGAUGGCCAAUCAUUCCAUUAUGAGUUGCUGAACUCGCCCAAGAGCCCUCCAUCGGCACAGAAGCAAAUCGGAACUUAUUGGAUCCAUGGCCAUUACAAGGGUCAAUAUAUUGACGGACUGCGUCUCCCCUUUAUCAUCCACAAUGCCGAGGGUGAGACAUACCAGUACGACGACGACUACACUGUAGCGCUGGCUGACUGGUACCACCACGUCCAUGCUGAUGUCCUGAAAAACAAGUACUACAAGCCCAACGGAAAGUACCCGACACCCGAUGCUGGUCUGAUGUAUUUCGUGCACACACGCGCUAACCAGACGGCCAAAAACCUGGAAGGUUUCAAUGAGAAUGCGACACUGCCGUUCGAGCCUGGAAAAACGUACCGCAUCCGUGUCGUGAACAUGUCUGCUGCUUCGCUGUUCAACUUUUGGAUUGAAGGUCACGACAUGGAAAUCAUUGAGGUGGAUGGCGAGGACGUACAUCCAUUCCCUGUCGAUCAACUCCAGGUCUCAAUUGGCCAGCGCUACUCUGUUCUGGUAAAGAGUCACAAUACCACGAAGCAUAACUGGAAGAUCCAUGCCAACAUGGACCCUGAGAUGUUCGAAUCGCUGAAGUCAAGCCCUCUUAAACUGAACCUCACCAGCACGCUUUCCUAUGGUAAUUCGCAUGCAAAGAUGGGUGUUGGUCGUCGCACAGUGGACAGCUACGAGCUGUUUGAUGACACGCAGCUUGAGCCGGUCAAGAAGAUGGCCAUGGUCGAGCCUGACAUGUCGGUCAACCGCAUUGUCACAAUGCCACCUUACCCGGACAACGUGGAACGCGGCACCUUUAACAAUAAGACUUUUGUGACGCCUCUAACACCGACUCUCUUUUCCAUGAUGACAGAACCUAUUUCAAACAAGCUGAACGAAGCCACCUACGGCCCGAACUCUAAUGCUCUAGUGGCCCCCCAUCUGCAGAUGAUUGAGCUUGUGAUUCUCAACUUUUCGGAUGACAAGCAUCCCAUGCAUAUGCAUGGGUCCAAGUUCCAGGUGGUCAACAGGGCUACUGACUUGCGCUCAAAAGAUCCGAAGGCCAACCCUCCUUUGAAAGAGGGUCAGAAGAACCCCAUGCGCCGUGAUACGGUGGUUCUGCCUCCUGGAGGCGGUGUCACAAUUCGCUUCCGCGCGGACAACCCUGGUGCUUGGUUUUUGCAUUGCCAUAUGGACUGGCACCUGGAUGUUGGUAUGGCGAUGGUGGUCGUACAAGCGCCCAAUGUCGCGGCAAAGCGGUUUGACAUUCCUUCAUAUAUCACGGAACAGUGCAAAAUGCAGCACAUGCCCAUUUCUGGUAACGCCGGCGGCAUUCUCAACUCGACGAUCCAGUUUGGCAAUCUGACCAAGCCUCCGUCUCCGAAACUCUAA